AUCAAAUCAAAGCCUACAGAUUACAAUAAUUCCACCUUCCCUCAGAUCCCCAAGAAUAAAUUACAAUUUAGAAUCUUAGAUUCAACUUCCACUUCUGUUUCUCCUUGUUCUUCUUGUUCAGCUUCAACCCAAGACUUCUGUGUGAGCUUCUGAGGCAUGGCGUCCCUUAGUUUGAAUCAGAUCAGGGGCAAGAACUCGGUCCCUGACUUCGCCAGGACUCGUUCGAGGACCACCUGGGCUCGCCCGAGUAGAGUUGGGUUUAAGGUGUUUGCGUCUUCGGAGUCUCCGGGGGAGCCCGAUCUUAGUGUGACUGUCAAUGGCUUGAGUAUGCCCAAUCCCUUCGUUAUUGGGUCGGGUCCUCCGGGGACUAACUACACCGUCAUGAAGAGGGCCUUUGAUGAGGGCUGGGGUGCUGUGAUUGCCAAAACUGUGUCACUAGAUGCUGCCAAAGUUAUAAAUGUGACUCCUCGGUAUGCCCGUCUACGAGCAGGUGCAAAUGGCUCUGCCAAAGGACAAAUUAUUGGGUGGGAGAACAUAGAACUCAUAAGUGAUCGACCUCUUGAAACAAUGUUGAAAGAAUUCAAGCAAUUGAAAGAAGAGUAUCCAGAUAGGAUUCUUAUUGCUUCAAUUAUGGAAGAGUAUGACAAAGCUGCUUGGGAGGAACUCAUUGACAGAGUCGAGCAAACUGGAAUUGAUGCCAUAGAAAUCAACUUCUCAUGUCCCCAUGGUAUGCCAGAGCGCAAAAUGGGUGCUGCAGUCGGGCAGGAUUGUGUCCUUUUAGAAGAGGUUUGUGGAUGGAUAAAUGCAAAAGCUACAGUUCCUGUUUGGGCCAAGAUGACUCCUAACAUCACCGACAUAACACAGCCAGCUAGGGUGGCUCUGACAUCAGGAUGCGAGGGGAUAUCUGCUAUUAACACAAUGAUGAGUGUAAUGGGAAUAAAUCUCGACACCUUACGCCCAGAGCCUUGUGUUGAGGGAUACUCAACUCCUGGGGGCUACUCUUCGAAGGCAGUCCAUCCCAUUGCUCUUGCAAAAGUGAUGAAUAUUGCAAAAAUGAUUAAGUCCGAAUUUGGUGACAAGGACUUCUCGCUUUCUGCUAUUGGAGGUGUUGAGGAAGGUGGUGAUGCUGCGGAAUUUAUUCUUCUUGGAGCAGAUACUGUUCAGGUCUGUACUGGGGUUAUGAUGCACGGGUAUGGCCUUGUGAAGAAACUAUGUGCUGAUCUGAAGGAUUUCAUGAAAGCGCACAACUUCUCGUCGAUAGAAGAUUUCAGGGGGACUUCUCUGCAGUAUUUUACGACUCAUACGGAGUUGGUACAAAGGCAGCAAGAAGCAAUUCAACAGAGGAAAGCUACAAGGAAAGGUUUGAAGUCUGAUAAAGACUGGACAGGAGAUGGCUUUGUGAAAGAGAGUGAGAGCAUGGUUUCCAAUUGAGUUGUUGAUCAACAACCAAAAGCCUUCUCCUUUGUAUGGAUUAAAAAUAAAAUAAUAUUGGUGCGUUAAAUCCUCUGAUCAUGUCCUGCAUGCUAUCAAUGGAGCCUUCUUUUCUUUACAUUUGAGAAAAUUAAGGAGCUGCACCAUGUGAAUAAUGGAGCUGCUAAUGUAAGAACUUUUCUCAGAUGAUCAUGUACUGUUUAUAAUUCAAAAGAGCAACAAAUUUUAUUGAA